UGGUCAAGCUACCAUGAGUAGUGGACCAAUAGGACCGGCCAUACAGCCUGAAUAAUCGGGCCGACAGACUCCUCUUCCUCGCCUGCGAAUUGUUAUGGCACCAGCAUGUAUCUUUUGUUUUCCCUCUAUUUCGUGACGGAUUAAAUUGUCAUUCGUCGUAGAAACCCACAUGACAGACACCCCUCCAUCUCAAGAACUAGACUUUGCAGAGAUCUCCCGAGAAGCGAGACGUAUAGUCGAUGCUCGUCGUGCUCAAGAAGUCUUGCUUCAGACUAAUCCUGUAGCUCAGGCCAAGAAUAAUGGGAACUCGUCAACAAAGGGCAGGAAAGCCAUUCGCUUUUCUAGGAGUACGACGGGAUGUCUAGCUUGUCGAAAGAGCAAAGUCAAAUGUGAUGAGACUGUCCCCGUUUGCCUCAGAUGCGUUGCGUCUCAGAGAGAAUGUCAUUAUCCGGCAGACAAAGAUGGAGGAGGUAGUGGAGGAGGAGGAGAACAACAACGCAAGCGGAGGAGACGGAUAAGCAGUAAAGAGGAUGACCACGCCUUGGGUUCUGGUCCUGGCUCUGCUUCCAUACAGCCUACAUUCCCUCCUGCUCCUCCUAUCAGUCAUGCUGUCCCUGGACCACCUUUCCCGAUCCCUCAACCGGCUCCCACUGGCCCUUCUCGAGCAGCGAGUGGAGAGCAAAUCCAUCAAGUCACUCGUCAGAGGCUCCCAUCCUUCGACAUCGAUCUCUCCAAUCCCUUCAUGUUUCCUGGGCCUUCGUCUUAUCUUGAUGAAUCGGUAAGAGACGAUGUGGAUGAAGCUGCGCUUUCUGGACUUUUGAGCCUCGAUACAACCGUUGUCAAUUCUCCCGAGAACACUUCGCGACUUGCACACUUGGAAGGGCCUCAUCCAUUCCGCUUCUCUAGGUCUCCAUCAUCUGUCAAUCCAUUGGCCACGCCAACGCCUCCAAUCACAGUCCCCUUUGGUCCCAUGCCCUUCUCACAAUCUUCCGCCCAGAUUCUGCCCUACACUCAGCCACGGAUAUCGCCUACCUUGUCGUCGUCAAAUCCCGCAUUUAGCCUUUCAGACAUACCGAUACAACACCGAGAUAUCGCCAAUUCGUUGCUCCUUCAGAGGCGAAAGAAUCGCUCGAAUGCCCCUACCCUGUCAUCAAAUCUCAGACCGAACUUGCAGCAGAAUGCACAGCCCAUAUCGCGUGCUCUGAUCAUUGAAACUCUACUGAGUGCCCACGCAAACGAUGACCUUUUAUACGAAUUUGGGCCCUCUCAUCGCUUCACAUCCAGCCGUGAUCCCGAUAUGUCUGCUGGCGGUCUGACCUCAGCUCCCCCGCUACCCAACAGUCUCGAUUUUCUAACCGAUGCGUUCCCUUCACCAACAGCUUUACUGCUCUUCCACAACUUUUGCAACAACACUUCCCGGAUUCUCGUCACGAUGGGAGACAUGGGUCCGAAUCCAUUAUUGGGACUCUGUACGCCAUCGCGACUACUUGAUGUGACGUCUCCUGGAGCAGCUGCCAUGAGAAUGAGCAUGCUGAGCGCUAGCAUUGUGCACUACGCUUAUGAGACGGAGCAAAUUGGGGAUCAUCUCUCCUUCGGCUCAAAAUGGGCGCAACAUAGGACAGAUCUGAAAGAAAUGAGUGACAAGUUCAAGCGCGCAGCCGUCGCAAAUAUCGUCCUGGCGGCUGGAGGUGAAGGUAGCGAGCCAGUCGACAACCUUUUGGCUGCUUGCACGCUCCUGUGCAUCCGAGAUGUCAUCAGCGCUGAUACGUCAUGGCGAGACAACAUGGAGUUUGUCAUCAAUCUUACCAAUCGUAAAGGAGGACCUCAUGUGCUGCUGAGGCCCCAAGAAUACUCUUUCACUCGAAGAUAUCUGCUGGAGACCUUGGCCCUGCACGAUGUCUUUAGUCACUUCGUCACGGGUAAAGGUCCUUCCUUGAUUGGCGGGUUCGAUCCCUGGUGGUUUGAUAGUGUACAUGCGUCCAACGGCAAGUCCGAAUGGGAGUCCGUCGAACGAUCGUUUGGUGUCUCGCGAGGGAUGGUUGAUCUCAUCGCAAGAAUUGCUCUCCUGGAUUCCCGCAAACAGCGCCUGGGUCUGAGCAUGAAAUCCCCUGCCAAGGAAUUGAGGGACGCAGCGGAUCAAGUACAUCGCGAUUGCCAGACGUUCUUGAAGGAGCUAGAUAUAUGGGGAAUCAAUUUAUGCGCAAUACCAAAUCAUCCCCGUGUGACGUGUGGAGAUUACAUCCACAAAUACAUGGCCAUCAUUUUCAUCCUUGCAGAUAUUCUGGAACAGCCUCCCACGACCCCGCAGAUCGACAAGGCUGUCGCCAAUGUCCUCGAAUUGAUCAGCGAAGCAUCCGCCAUGCGCAUGAGCGUCAUGCUCGUUUGGCCGUUGUUGAUAGCAGGUGCAUUUUGUCUCCCUGUUCGACGGACCAAAGUCCGCGAAUUAUUUGAUGCUCUGCGACAAGACUAUUGUGAAGACUUGGAGGCAGCGAGGCAAAUAUUGGAUGAGCAAUGGCGUGGUAUAGAUGCCGGGCAAGGCAAACGUCACUGGAUAGACGUCAUGCGGUCAAUUGGGCGGGAAGUAUUGUUGAUAUGAUAUGAGCGUAACGAUGCGUGGUCUAAACUGUAAAAUCAUCACCGUAAUCAAAAUAGACUACGUCGACGCUCAGACGUAGUAUUUCUGUCUUGUUGCUGCCGAGGAAGUAUGAGAACUGGUUCUCUUCUUUCUCCGUUGAACGGCAAGGGACCGGUUUGGUAUUUCAUUGCAUACAGUCAGAUCUCUCACCUCGUGACCCUGAUCGAGACCCCUU